AUGUCGCGAGUUUGGAUUCAUCUCCCUGACCUAUCGAUCGAGUACUUCGAUGAGAAAACCUUAAGGAAAAUUGGGAAUAAAAUAGGCAGGACGAUCAAAAUUGACGUUACAAUCGGACUAGCUACUCGUGGGAAAUUCGCAAGAAUUUGCGUAGAGGUUGAUCUAACAAAGCUUCUAUUAGCCAAAUUCACGAUCGAAGAAGAUGUUCUACCUAUAGAGUACGACGGCAUACACUCGGUAUGUCUUAGAUGUGGUAUCUACGGCCACAGGAAGGAGCAGUGCGGCCAAGAACCAGAAUUGGAUAAGCAGGCUACAUGCAAUCACAUGGAGGUUGACGCUGGGAUUGGAAAGGCAGAUGAUGCGGAUUAUGAACCAGUGGCGACCAAGCAAUUACCAGUGGCCAAACCACAUGCCACGGAGAAAUUUGGUACCUGGAUGUUAGUGAAAAGGAAGGAUAGGAGGCCAAAUAAGAAGGGUGAAGGAAGAUGGGAAUCCAGAAGCUAG